AUUUACCUGGCCGGUAGGUGGCGCGAGCUUUGUUAUUAUUGUUCAUUUCCGGGUAAUACAGGUGAUAAUAAUAUUUCACUUUCAGAAGUACGAAUUUAAUUGAAAUGCAGACAACCAUUUCAAAACUGCUUGACAGCAAACAGUGAAAAGAAGACUUGAUCAAGAACUAUGUCACACAUUACCAAGUCAAAGAAGGAUUGAUCAGACAUCAUUGUCUCCUUCCACUAUGGUUUUAGAGGACAUUGGCAGUAAUGUGGGGAUCCCAGUGCCAUCUACGCUCACGCCUGCAGCCAAUGUCACUAACUCUGGACAGGACAACAAUUAUAACCCUCACGAUGAAGAUUUCAAGAGUUACCCAUCUGACACAGUGGCUGCUGUGACAAUAGCUGUUCUUGCUGUUGUGAUAAUUAUUACAAUGAUAAUAGUGUUCAGAGCAUUACGUAAGAGACAAAGAGCUCGUCGUGGUGAACAGUUUGGGGAGAGCAUCAUUCCAACUGUGACCACAGGUGUCAUGGGAACAGGUGGUGCUGCUUACGCCAAUGCACUUAACAACCGUGUACCAGUUGAGAGUCCAGUGCGAUGGGAAUCAGUCAACCCAUCCACACAGUCCUCCACACAGUCUGAACACACAGACACGUCAUACAUGGAACGAACCAGAUGACACCUCCACGGCCAUUUCUAUAGACCUAAUCUGGGUCCAUAUUAAGUUCGUUGAUCUGAUUCUUAGAUUUGAGUCUUAAGAAUAAUGAAUAUUAUUAAAAUUGUAAUGUUCUAUAAUUGCUUAAAGGAUUUGUCUUGGCAUUUACUGCCUCUUGUUACAUCAAUCUACAUAUUGAAAAUAAUGCUUUACAAUCCUAUGCAUCAAUGAUGGCAUGAACAUGUUUACAUUUUAUGGAAAUAUAAAACUCCAGGAACAUUAUCAUAAAAUAAAUGUAUGUUAUACUCACGAAACCCUAGUCUUGUAUUUCAGGCAAGUGGCCAAUUGCGUAUACAAAGCCAUAGAGGUUGUUUUUCUCAAGUCUGAGUCUAUCCAUGGUCCUUAUUCUUAAGUUAAGCAUGGGUUGUUGAAAAUAAGAACUGAUUAAAACACCAUUACAAGUCAACAUUUUAGCGUCAUAUUUGAAUAUAACAGUUAUAUAAUUCUUUGCUCAAACCUCAUUAUAUACAUGAUACUCACUUUAAAACAUGUUUGUUAAGUUAUUUCUCUAAAUAUCUGUUAUCAAUUUUUUGAGUACUAUUUUGUUAUACAUCAUUUUAUUUUGAAGGUUUCCUUUGCUAUAUGGAUCUUGCUUCAUUACAUUCAUUUAUUAAUGAUGGCAUUGUUUGCCAACUGUUUGAUUUGAAGAUGUUUUGUGUUAAUAAGGCUAAUUGUAUGCAUGUCCUAUACGAUUAACCAUUGAAAUGAUUUUAAUUUAUAAUAUUUACAAUACAAAUUAAAUGUGGAGUUAACUGUCUGAUUGAUAUCAAUUGCAUAAUUCUUUCUUUUUGUAUGUUAGUAUAUUUAUGCUGUUACGUUUGAACAUAUUAUUUUUUCAAACAUACCAUUUCAAAAACUCCAAAAAUAAGUUCUGUGUGUUUUUAUCUUUCCUAUAGAAGCUUAAUUUAGCACACACCCAAAUGUCCACAUACUGAUUUGUAAAAUAAAUAUUGUAUUAUUGUAAAUUGUGAUUUAUUACACCAAUUUAUUCCAAUCUGUUUGUGUUUUUGUGUGACAUGAUGCAUCUGUCAGUGCUGUAUAUAUAUACUUUGUAUUGUACUUGCACUUAUAAUUACUCAUUGAUGAAUGUGUUGUACAAAAAACCUAAAACUGCGAUCAGUAUUGCAAGAGUGGUUUACCAAUUAUUUUGAAUGUAUGUGUUUGGCACUCCUGGAAAACAGGGCUAAAUGCUUGUUGUCCCAGAUUAGCCAUGCAGUAGGCACAGACUAGUCAGUGAUGACACUUUCCGAUUUUAUGGAAUUUUUCAUGUAAAGGAAAUCUCCUCUUAACAAAUUCAAGUCUUUACAGAAAGUGUUGUCCCUUAUUAGCAUAUGUAGACAGCACAGGCUUAUCAUGUUCAACUCUACACACAUGCAUAAGGCCCCGUUUUUCCAGAGCCGGCCUUAUGUACAAUAUUCCAUAGCACGAUUGACCAGGAUCUGAAAAAUACUUCAUUGGAAUCUUUUGGAAAAUCUUGUCUCCAGUUAUGCCUCAAAAAUAAGUAGUAGUAUUUUUUCUAUUUUUACUUUUAAGAAUUGUGUUUCUGUUAUUAUUGUUAUUAUUUUUUUGUAAAUGGGUGUAAUGUUUUGUAUGUUAACAUUCUCAUUUCUACAUUCCACGGUUAUUGAUAAUGCUGUAAGAGAAAAACAACUUGUCUAAGUGUGUGUUCCUUUCUUCCAUAGUUUUGUUUUACAGUGUACAAUAUUUUAAUGCGAAACAUUUGUGGUAUAAAAUUUAUUUAGUGUAAACAUUUUGUAAUUUUAGAAUAAAUGCAUGAUCUUUUAUUCAUAUGUAU